AUGGCUGCAGCCGCGGUGGCAGGACUGAUCCCUGUGCUCCACUCCGUGGCCGGUGACAAAUCUGGCUACUACAUCGGGCGGCAGCUGUGGUUUGGCUUCAUUGCCGUGUAUGGAGUGGUGGUGUACGUGGUCCGCAUGCCCUGGGCCUCCAUCCAGGAAGAUUUCUGGUGCCACGGCAACAUCACCUAUCCUUGCUUGAUUGAGUGUUUUGAGAAAAGUUUUAGCAGUCCUGUCGUGGGGAUUUGGUACUUCUUUUUCUUUAUCUUCCUAGCCCUCUUCUUCCUCAUGGAAUUCUUCAUGGCCCAGAUUCGGCAUAAACAGAUCAAGGUCAAGUCAGUGGAGUCAGUGGCAGCUGAAGUGGAGGAGGGCUCCAUGGUGGGGAUCCAGGAGCACGUCCCCUCUCCGAAGAAGUCCACCCUCAACUUCCACCGGGAGAAGGUGCUUUUGCUUUUGUACCUCCUUUACUUCCUCCUGCAGGUUGGCACACAGUGCGUGCUCUUGUUCUUCCUCAUGUACCAACACCUGCCACUGCUGAGCCAAACCAUCAUCCACUGCAGAACUGAUAGCUGCCCCGGAUCCCAUCUCUGUCUCAUCAGGGGGACCAUGGAGAAGCGGAUGUCCAUCUACACCCUCAUCACCUUGUCCUUCACGAUCAUCCUCUUCUGCUCCAGUUUCUUCAUGUACAGUAUCCAUCAUUACCUGUUAAAGGGGCGUUCAGGUGCUAAGUUUUGGCUUGACUGA